AUGUUCCGCCUCCGUGAGCAAGGAAUGCCCGUGGAUCCUGCCUAUCCCUCGGACCUUCGACAGCUCGGCUACUUCAUAAAUGCAGAGUCGAAUGUCAAGCAGAUCCAGCCGCCGCACGACUUCUUCAUUUACAAAAUCUCAAACAAUGAGCGUGUCAACGACGUUUACAGAGAGGCCAUGAACGAGUGCAUCAGAAAGGAAAUCGUCCAGCGCAUGGCAGCCCUUGGCAUGCCGCCGCUAUACCUACCUCACUUCACUUACACGAAGCCGAACAGCCAGCCGAAUGUUCCGAUCCUCCUUUCGAGCAAGAACGAUCUGAGAAAGAAGAAGAGGGUCAUCGUGGUUAUCAACGACGACAACCAGGACCUCGGUGUCUUUGCUUACAGGCACAUCAUGCGCGAGGAAGGCAUUGAAGCAGGCUCUGUUAUCGCACUUGCCAAGGCCAUGCAAAUCCGCCAGCUUGACCAUAUCGACAAAAUCACUCAUGACACGGCUCGGCUUCAACUUGGCCACAAAGAUGAUAAUGCUCAAGAUGCGGUGCAACCUCCACAGAGAGAGGCAGAGGAUGCGGUCCCGGCUAGUACAUCAGGUGCCAGCCAGGAGCCAAUCGACACAACCACUGUCCCCUUCAAGCGACCCGAGACUUGGGAGGUACCAGGCCUCGUUGUGUUGAAUCCGGGUCAACUUUUGUAUUCUCAUCUCGAGAAUAAGGCCAUGACAAACACCUCUUGGGACGCAAAGCCACGUCCAUCCAGUGUCCACCAACAGUCUCCUGUCAAUCCGGAAUUCAACAAGACUAAGGGACACGAGAGUGUUCUUGAACAUGUCAAGUCCGUCUUUGACAGUAUCCUCGCCGAUGAGGACUGGGUUGCAUCUGACGCCGAACUUUACGUGAUUGGCCUUCGUUGCGGCGGUGAUGCGGUGGUACAGCUACUGAGCAACGAGUGGCCCAAGUACAAGGGCCGCGUAAAGGCAAUCCUUCUGGCGGAUCCUACACCUAUUCAGGAUCCGAUCGACGACCAAGACUUCGUCUCGUUCUUGCGUCAUCGUGGACGCGCACUAGUGAUUUCACCUGAGCCAUUGAGCACUCCUAUUGCCGUACCAUCGAUCGCUGGUGACCACCACAAGGCCAACAAAGCCAGGCUUCGUCCUAACAUCCACGAGUCUGGCAUGUCCAAGUCACCGUGGCUCGAGGAGAUCGCUAGAGCUUCUUCUGUGGAGCAUAAUAGCGGCGAUGGUGUGGUUUCCGGAGCAACCGAACCUGCUUACAGCAAUGAAUGGGGCUACCACUACUUUCCCAUGUUGUCUUCUGGUGCUCCGACGUUCGGAGACACUAUAUUGCCAACGACUUACAGACAGAUCCUUGCCUGGUUCGAGACGGUUGCCGCUGACCCUUCCAACUACUACAACCCAGUGUUCAAGGUCCCAGUCAAGGGACUUGAAGACGCAGAUAUCUUCGAUGUGACGGUUGAGUAGAUGGCGCAUCUGAUAGGAAGCAAUGGUGCUGAGAAUGUUGUUGACAGCAAAGGCUGUCGAGUUUUAUGAUGAUGAUCUGGGGAAACAGCAUGGCUAGUGGAUCACACCAUAGGUAGCGAAU